AUGCCUCCACCGAACCCUGCCAACGAUGAAGCUCACCAGCAGCUACUGAACACCCUGGACAUUGCGCAAGCCCCCAAGUCCUUCCGCAACCCUCACUGGAAGCCAUCCCAACGCCGCAACAAGAAUGUUAAGCAAAUUAUCUCAGAGGCCACCAGGAAGGAGGCAUCAGUAAUGGCAACUCAGGCCAACUCGGGCGCAACCACCCCGGGUACAUCUGGAGCCGUCACCGAUGGGACACAGACUCCGCUAGAAGGGGCUGCCCCUAAUCUCUCCCAGGCUACUCAGAACUUGUCUACUCUAGUCUUGGAGAGGAACGCUCGGGCAACAUUCCCCUCCGGACCCGCGGUCACCUACACCAACAUUGAAUCGGCGCCCUCAUUGAGUCCCGCCCACCAACAUCACUACUGCGAUAUCACUGGUCUGAGUGGACCAUACACCGACCCCAAGACCCGACUACGAUACCACGACAAGGAGAUCUUCAAGGUGAUCCGAACACUGGCACAGGGAGUACCCGAGAACUACCUGGAGGCUCGCGGUGCGCACACUAUCCUGAAGUAA